AUGUCGGACAACGAAGUCGACGAGGAAGAGACCCUCGAGAUCUGCAAGGUGACGUGUGUGCGGAGCGCGAAGUUCUCUGCGUGGUAUCCCAACGUGAAGUUGGUAGAUGGCAUCGAGUACCUGAAGCUAUCGCCCUGGGACAAAGAUCUGUGUCGCUUCACCACGGGGAUCUACAUGCAGAUGAAGAAGAAGCGGCAGCAGCCGAAGCACAACAUCCACGUCCACUUCUUCCCCGAAACGAAAGCCCGGCGAAAAGAAGCCUGCAACGAAGCCCUGAAGCACUUUCUCUAUCGGGCCGCAGAUGAGGCCGAAGCGGACAGACCGGACAAGGUCCGCAACGCCAGGGAGGAGGACUCCUGGAUCGUGAGCCGCACCGUCGCGGUGUGCAUGCCGGACGUCGGCGAGGGGCCCUUGGUGAUGACAUUCCUGUGGGGCAUCAACUCAGCCUUGUUUAUGCAACUGACUGUCGCCAACCUCAAGUACGUCCGUGCAGCCAUACGGGCUUCACCGACGAUAGUGAGGGGUGAAGCUGCAGCUCAGCGGCGCAUGUCUGGCAGAAAAGUUGGACGACCUCGCAAGGUGCCACGUGAUCCAGUUGCAGCCCUCGGCGAUGGUGACCGUCCAGGUCCAGUUGCAGCCCUCGGUGAUGGUGACCAACAACCAGCUCCUCGUUCUGAUGACGAGGUUGGGUUCAUGCAGAAGUUAGCUGUUUCCUAUGUUUGUUCAUGUGCGGUACCAGAGCAUGGUUUUCUUUGA